ACAUGAGGCUUCUGUCUGAAUAUCUGGAAUCCACGUGGCACGAUCUCCGUCCACCUCCGCAUGAAAUGGAGCACACGACUAAAGUAGCAGUGGGUGUAAUACACAAAUCCUCCCCACCACCCAAUCACAAACUCCACACAACACACAGUCACCGCAGCAGGAAAUGGCGUCGGUGCUUCAAUCGCCGCUUCCUCUCUCCCACCACCGCACUUCUUCCUCGAAAUCUGCCUCCACUUCUCUCAGCAAUUUUCCGACAACUCACAGAAUUUGCAAUUUGCCGGCGCUUCACAGGAGAAGAAGCUGUGAUUUCAAGAAUGACGUCAUCUGUCAAUCGUCUUCCGGUGAAGUCACGUUCAUUGAGCCCCCUAAAUCUGCACCGUCCAAAGAUGAUCUUGAUGGCUCCCUCAAGAUCAAAUUAUUGAGUGCUGUUUCUGGGUUAAAUAGAGGUCUCGCAGCGAGCGAAGAUGACCUGAGAAAAGCGGAUGAGGCAGCAAAAGAGCUUGAAACAGCUGGAGGUCCAGUCGAUCUAUUAGCUGACAUGGAUAAGCUGCAAGGCAGGUGGAAACUGGUUUACAGCAGCGCCUUCUCCUCACGGACUCUUGGAGGUAGCCGACCCGGCCCACCUACCGGGAGGCUUCUUCCUAUAACUCUCGGCCAGGUAUUCCAAAGGAUCGAUGUCUUCAGCAAAGACUUUGACAAUAUCGUUGAGCUCGAAUUGGGAGCCCCGUGGCCUCUGCCGCCUCUUGAAGUGACAGCCACUUUGGCCCACAAAUUUGAACUCAUAGGGAGCAGUGGAAUGAAGAUCACCUUUGAGAAAACAACAGUGAAGACGACAGGAAACUUGUCUCAGUUGCCGGCAUUGGACAUCCCCCGCAUACCAGAUGGAUUCAGACCGCAAUCUAAUACGGGAAGCGGCGAGUUUGAGGUCACGUACCUCGACUCUGAUACGCGUAUAACUCGAGGAGACAGAGGAGAGCUCAGGGUUUUUGUCAUCGCCUAGACUUUUGGUGCAGUCUUGAAGCUGGGAAGAAUCAAACAGUUGUUUCCUAUAUUGUGUGCUGUUGUAAGUGGGAGAUGCCAUUUUGUACUGAGAAAUUUAGGAAUGUGGAACCAUAUUUUUGGUUGAUAGGAUUUGUGAAAUGAGUUUAUUUCAACGUAAAAUUACAUUAUAACA